CGCCAAAUCUCUCUCUCUCUCUCUCCCUCUCCCAAAACCUCACUCGCGAGAUUCUCUCUCUUCUGUGCCGCCGCCUCCCUGUCAUUCCGGUGAAGCGAAGCCAUGAAAGACCUCGACUUCAAGGCUGAUAAAGCGAUCGCGAAGGAUUUCCUCUCGAACUUCGCCGACGCGAAUGGAGAAGCCAAGUACACGAACGUCCUCCAAGAAGUAGCGAAUAGGAAAACUCGUGCUGUUGAGAUCGAGCUCGAGGACAUAGUCGAUUACAAGGACUUGGAUGAAGAAUUUCUUAGACGGGUCACUGAAAAUACUCGGCGAUAUAUUGGAAUUUUCGCCGAGGCCAUCGAUGAGCUCAUGCCAGAACCCACGGAGCCCUUUCCGGAUGACGACCACGACAUACUUUUGACCCAGAGGUCUGAGGAUCGGAGGGAUAAUGUGGACGGUGUGGAUCCACUUCAGAAGAUGCCUUCUGAAAUCAAACGAUACUUUGAAGUUUACAUUAGAGCAUCUUCGAAAGGACGACCAUUCACUAUUAGAGAGGUCAAAGCAUCUUAUAUCGGUCAGCUAGUAAGGACAUCUGGGAUCAUUACACGCUGUUCAGAUGUCAAGCCAUUGAUGCAAGUAGCUGUUUAUACAUGUGAAGAUUGUGGUUUUGAAAUUUAUCAGGAAGUCACAGCUCGAGUUUUCAUGCCUUUGCUUGAGUGCCCAUCAAAGAAAUGUACAAUAAACAAAACAAAGGGCAACCUUAUCCUUCAACUAAGAGCUUCUAAGUUUUUGAAAUUUCAGGAGGCAAAAAUUCAAGAGUUAGCUGAACAUGUCCCAAAAGGCCAUAUUCCUCGGACAAUGACCAUUCAUUUGAGGGGAGAACUCACAAGGAAGGUAGCACCAGGCGAUGUUGUUGAAUUGUCAGGAAUUUUCCUUCCAAUUCCAUAUACCGGUUUUAGAGCUAUGCGUGCUGGCUUAGUUGCGGAUACAUACCUGGAGGCCAUGUCUGUUUCCCAUUUCAAGAAAAAAUAUGAAGAUUACGAACUUAAAGAGGCUGAGGAAGAACAGAUUGCACGUUUAGCUGAGGAUGGUGAUUUGUACAACAAGUUGGCACACUCAUUAGCACCUGAAAUUUUUGGACAUGAGGACAUUAAAAAGGCUCUGCUUCUCCUUCUUGUUGGAGCCCCUCACCGGAAGCUGAAGGAUGGGAUGAAGAUUCGGGGAGAUCUACAUAUUUGUCUGAUGGGUGAUCCUGGGGUUGCAAAAAGUCAACUUCUGAAGCACAUAAUAAAUGUUGCACCCAGAGGGGUAUACACCACAGGCAAAGGAAGCAGUGGAGUGGGUCUCACUGCUGCAGUCCAGAGGGAUCCAGUGACAAAUGAGAUGGUUUUGGAAGGAGGAGCACUGGUACUAGCAGACAUGGGUAUAUGUGCCAUAGAUGAGUUUGACAAGAUGGACGACUCGGAUCGUACAGCAAUACAUGAAGUGAUGGAGCAGCAAACCGUUAGUAUUGCUAAGGCUGGGAUCACCACAUCAUUGAAUGCUAGAACUGCUGUCUUAGCUGCUGCUAAUCCAGCUUGGGGAAGAUAUGAUCUCCGCAGAACUCCAGCUGAGAAUAUCAAUCUGCCUCCAGCACUGCUGUCCAGGUUUGACCUUCUGUGGUUGAUCCUUGAUCGUGCAGAUAUGGAUAAUGAUCUUGAAAUGGCUAGGCACGUUGUUUAUGUCCACCAAAAUAGAGAAUCUCCUGCUCUUGGGUUCACUCCCCUUGAGCCGUCCAUUCUUCGUGCAUAUAUAUCCGCUGCAAGAAGAGUGUCUCCUUGUGUUCCAAGGGAACUCGAAGAGUAUAUUGCCAGUGCUUAUUCCUCCAUUCGACAGGAAGAAGCUAAGACAAAUGCCCCUCAUUCCUACACCACAGUGAGAACUUUGCUAAGCAUUCUGCGCAUAUCAGCUGCAUUAGCCAGGCUCCGAUUCUCUGAAUCUGUCACCCAGAGUGAUGUGGAUGAGGCACUCAGGUUAAUGCAGAUGUCGAAGUUCUCUUUGUACUCGGAUGAUCGGCAGCGAGCUGGUCUUGAUGCUAUAUCUGACAUCUAUUCCAUCCUACGGGAUGAAGCUGCUCGGACAAACAGGAUGAGUGUGAUCUAUUCUGAUGCACUCAACUGGAUUUCUAGAAAGGGUUAUAGCGAAGCCCAGCUGAAAGAAUGCUUGGAGGAAUAUGCUUCCCUAAAUGUUUGGCAGAUACAUCCCCAGACCUUUGAUAUCAGAUUCAUUGACGCUUGAUGUGUGCUCGUUCCUGCUGUCAACUAUUUAUCUCUCAGUUGCUCUUAUAAUGCCACUGAAGCCUCCAUGACUUUAACAGAUGUCUGAAGGUCUAGUAAAUGGUACUCCUGAGACAGCUUGGUUGAUCUUCCUAUUCUUUUACUGUAAUUUUAUGGAGCUCAGAAUGUAUUGUGAAUCUGUAGAUUCGAGAGAGCAACUUAUCCUUCAGUAUGUAGUCAGUGGAACGACCGUGACAGGAUGUAAUGGACAUCUUGUUUAGAAUGUAGAUCACUAGAAUGGCCUCUGAUUUUACUUCA